UGUUCAUGUAUUUUGGAAAACCAUUAGUCUUUUAAAUCGGAAUAUUAUUGGGUAAAAAAAGAAAGGUGGACAAGGCUGGCUCCUCAUAAAAGGAAAGGGAGAGAGAGAAAUUGCAUGUGGAGGAUUUAAAGAGUUAAAAAAAGACUCCAAGAGCCUGAAGGGUGGGGAAGGCGGGCAGCCAGGUACUUGGCGUGAACGAGAUGGUAACAAAACAAACAGAGAUCGUUUAGUGUUUGUGGGGCUUUGCUACGGACCGCAUUGGAAUGGGAGACGUGUCUUAAUUAUAUUAUUAUUUAAUUUCCAUUUAUACAUUUGGUUUUAGAGAUAGAGAAGGUGUGAGGUGAAAAGGAUUAUUUUUUAUUUAUUUUUUCAUAUAGAGAGAAUGGGAAAGAGGGGGAAAAAAGGUCUUUUCAAGGAAAAGAGAGAUCAAAGAUGAAGACAUGAAAGCUAUUCGGUGAGCGGCCCAAUAAUUUGUUCAGGACUUCACAAUCAUUUACUCGGAAGUUCAUAGAAGGCCUAAUGCAGGGCCAAAAGGGUACUGUUGGUUCCUUGCCUGAAACCUUAUUAGACCAUGGGUCUUCAUCAAGUAAUGCUGCAAUAGAACAGCAAGUAUGCUGGAAUAAUAUCCGAAAUCCCACUGAAAGCAGACUGUCUGAUUGUCUGCUUUCUACUAAUAACAUGAAUAUUGGACAUGGGAACUCUAUUGCUCGAGAGGAGCAGGAACUGGGUCGAUGGAGCUUGGGAGAGUCUAGCUCAAGUGGUGCACAGAAUGAGGUAAGCCAUAAUGAGCUGAAAACAAACCAUGGGCGGUCAUCUUCCAUGAACGCUUCUGCAAGUGCUGGUCCUAGGUUAGAAGAGCAGCAGUAUGAACAAAAAACUCUUUUUGGCCAAAGUUCCUGUUCUAGUACAGUUCCCCAGGAUAUCAACUUAAAUGCAAGCUUAAUGGAUAAUGAUGAUGAUAGCUGUCAAGUUACAGAACAGUCUAAUCUAUAUAAGCCUAGUGGGUCUGAAAAUGAGCGGAUGUCAACUAUUGCCGGUCCCGAAUCUUUUCCACGUUCUUCUGGAAGUGAUGGGUAUGCCAUGGGUGAUAAUGAUAUCAGACCUGGUUGCUCGUAUGAGGGUCAUCGUUCAUCCUACAAAAGAAAGGCUUUAGAAGGAAAUGUUGGACAGUCUUCAUCGAGUGGAAGUUCUAACAACUUUCAUCUAGCUGAAAGUAGUGCAUGCCGUGGGGUUCCUUCUAGCUAUAGUGUUGGAAGCAGUGUGAAUACAUCUGCCCCUUCAGGACAGGUGCACCCUAGACUUGGACAGGAUGUAAGAGGAUCAGUUUAUGGCAGCGUUCAUGAACCAAUUGUUUUACCAACUGCAGAGAGUGUUCAUAGGAAUUUUCGCCGUAGAAUAAAUCCUUCAAGUAUACAAGAACCUAUUGCUCCUCCGAUGUUUUCUACAGGUGAUGCAGCUAGGCAGUCUUUUGUUUUGUCUUCUCAGCAGCCAUCAAGACUUAUUCCAACUGAUCAUUCUCUGGAUUUAAGGUCUGCACCAGUGUCAGAUAAUGCAAGUGCACAAAAUCCGAAUUUCGUAAAUCAUGUUCCAAAUUUACCGCGAAAUGUGCAACCAUUUAGGUGGAAUGGAGGUUCUGGUUCGCGAAUUGGUGGUUCAUCAAAUCCUAACUUAUCUGGGGUUAGAGAUUCUGUUCCAUGUGAAGGGCAUCAAUCCAGAAGCAUGGCUAGAAACCUAUUAGAUCAUCCUAUGAUUGUUCGUGCACCGGAGUUGAGAACUAUGGUUAGAAAUCCAACAAAUCGAGGUUUAGGCACUGGAAAUACAAGUGUUCCUGGAAGUGUUGCUUCUACAUAUCGUGGUGGCUCAAGUUCUGGUACCAAUGCAUCAUCUGCUCCCACAUGGAUUCCUCAUCCCAACCCCUCAUCCCAACAAUACCCACGAAGAUUGUCAGAACUUGUUCGUCGAUCAUUGAUGUCUUCCCAUGGUGCUGAACCUGGAGGUCAUGUCAAUCAUUCUCCUCUUGCUUCAGGACUUCCUACUUCUACUCAAGAGAUGCUGCUUUCAUCUGGUGUGGCUAAUCAGGGCCACCAUCGGCAAUACCCUAGGCCACUGUCAUGGUUAGGAAGACAAGAUGCUGGUUUGGUUGGAGUCCCCCAUUCAUUGCCAACUUUAGCUGCUGCAACUGAAGGAAGAAGCAGGCUUCUAGUGUCUGAGAUUCGUCAUGUUUUGGAUCUCAUGCGUAGGGGUGAGAACUUGCGUUUAGAGGAUGUUAUGAUCCUCGAUCAAUCUGUAGUUUUUGGAGUAGCUGAUAUUCACGACCGGCAUAGGGAUAUGCGGCUCGAUGUUGAUAACAUGUCAUAUGAGGAGUUGUUGGCUCUCGAAGAGCGCAUUGGUAAUGUGAGCACAGGGUUGACUGAAGAAACUAUAUUAAACCGUCUGAAGCAAAGAAAGUACUCUAGUACAUCAAGAGCUCAGUUAGAGGCAGAACCAUGUUGUAUUUGUCAGGAAGAAUACAAUGAUGGAGAAAAUCUUGGGACACUGGAAUGUGGCCACAACUUCCAUGCUGAUUGCAUUAAACAGUGGUUGAUGCAAAAGAACUUAUGCCCCAUUUGUAAAACAACGGGUCUUACUAAAUGAGGCAAUGCGUUGUUUUAGGGCAAUUAGUUCCUCCUCGGGUCUGAGAAAAAAGACGUUGAAGUUUGUGGCUUAGCACCUGUAAUUCGGUAAAACUUGAUGCCUUCAAAUGUUGCCAUAACGAAGCCUUCACGAGUCUUCAUGCCGAGAAAAUCCAUUGCAAUUUUAAUUCAAUUGCCAGAGUACUUGCAAUUAUGUCAAACAAAGCAAUCUUCUGGGUGGAUGACACAUUUGAAGCACUGGAAACUAAAAGCUCAUUUCUACAUUUUUCAUUCCAUCAUUUGCACUUGCACUAUUAGUUUUAUGUAUGAAUUUUCAGCUCAAUGGUGACAGAUUAUUAAUUAUCUUAAUAUUUUU